GGUGCCGCAGGUACGACUCCGCUGUUCACACCGAGCAGCUGUGGAAGCGGCUGGGAUCACUAACUACUGUCUGCCGACGGCCUGAAGCUACAACCACCAAUGUGGAUGGCGGUGCAGUGCGUCACAACAAGUACAAGUACCGCCGACGACUCGUGUGCCUCCGCUGAUACCUCCUCCUCCAGCGCCUCUGCAAGUGACAUCGGCAGCCUCGUAAAUUUGGAGGCCUUCCCGAUCGAGGACGUGUCCCGCCCCUUUCUGGCUGCGGCGCGGACAGCGCUCUUCGAAACGGGCGUCGCUUCGUUCCCAGACUUCCUCCGCCCCGCCGCGGUGGCUGCAGCCGCUGGCGAAGCGACGCUGGCCUCGCCGACCGCGUUCGUCACCGACAGCGAACACAACGCGUGGCAGACAGAGCGAAACACAUCAUUGCCGGCGGACCACCUGGCCAACCUCUUUAUGCGAACGCGGGUGGCGAGCGUCGCCACCGACGAGAUUGGCCCGACACUGAAGAGACUCUACGAGGCUCCCGAGCUGCUCGCCUUCCUCUCUGCCCUGCUGCAGCGGCCUCUCUUCCGGCUCGAUGACCCAAUCGGCGCGUGCACGAUCAAUGUCUUUCGCGAGGGGUGGCACCACGCCUGGCACUUCGACGAGGCGGAGUUCACAGUCACGCUCUCGCUCCAGGCCGCCGACGAGGGCGGCCACUUUGUCUUCACCCCGCCCCUCCGCACCUCCGCCGACGACCCCGCAAAUGCGGCGGUCGCCUCGGUGCUGCGCGCGCAGACGGAGCACGCAUUCUCCCUCCCCGGCGACGGCACGGGCGAGAGUGGCGGCGCGGCGGUGCCCGUGCGGACGGCGCCGUUUGCGCCGGGGACGCUGCAGGUGUUUGCUGGCCGCGACUCGUUCCACGCCGUCACUCCGACGCGGGGCCCUCGCGAGCGGCUGGUUGCCGUGCUGUGCUUCGCGAGCCGGCCAGGAGUGCGCAACUCGCCGGCAGUGCAGCAAAUGUUCUGGGGCAGGACGUCCUCGUGACCAGCCCCGACGAGAGUGACGCUGACGGGACCAACUGGAGUCGGUGGGCACUGAGCUGUCAACCGCGGGAGCUGUGUCCUGUGACGUGACACACAUCUUAGGGACGCAUCGCGACGUUUAAAACCUUCUCAACGUCUCAC